CUACGAGGCGCUGCUCACGCGCUCGAACCGUCGUUGCUUUGCAUCAACCGACGAUGAAACGUCAAGUCGUUGUGGGCGUUCCAUGACCUCCGUCGAUCAUUUGCCGUACAGCUAAACAAUGGCAGGUGGCUCGUCGGGCAACUCGCGCCGGAGCUCGGCGCCGAUCACCAAGAAAACGCUCGACGCCAAGGCGCAGGCCAGCCUCUGUCUCGUCGUCAGUCGCAUUGGCUCCAACCUCAUUGCGGGCGCCCUCCUCCUCGUCUCGCUCCUCACGCUCGCCGUGCUCUUGACCAAAGGCCUCUUUGACCGCCACGUGGUCAUGACGUCGCCGCAGACCGCCGAGUACUGGUCGCCGCUCGGGCAGUCAUGCACGCUAACGCGGCGCGGGUUUGUCCGCAACAGCUGCUCGGCGAUCGAGGGCAACACGACGUCGCCAGACGCAUGGCGCCGCGUCGGGUCGCUCCUCGCCAUCUCGUGGCUGCCGUCCACGCAGUGGUAUAUCUCGACGUGCGCGGUGGGGCCACGCCACAAGGGCUGGGUCUACGUCGUGCUGCUGGCGUCCUCAACUGAGUUUCCGAGCUGCGUGCCCUCGAACGGUUCGCAGCUCAUUGACGGCAUGGCGAUGCUCACGACAACGAGCACGCUCGAUGCACCGUACAGCGCGUACGAGCUCACGCUCUAUGGCGACACGAUGAACCGGUCGAGCGUCACGGCGGCGACCAACUCGGACGGGACGUCCGUGCGCCUCUUUGCGAAUACAACCCAGUUUCUCAUUGGCGUCAACGGGUCGGUGCCCGCAACGUCGUGGGGUGGCGGCACAUCGGUGAUCGUGUCGGCGCCGCUCGGGCCGCGCUACACGGUCAAGACGACGGACGCCACGUUCUUUGUCGACAUGACAUCGGACCCGCCGUCGACGCCCGGCUGGAGCGUCGGUCGCGUCAACGGCAAGAUCAUCGUGAUCGCCACGUCAGCAGCGUCGGUCGUUGCAAAUUACAUGGACAUUGUCAUCUUCCAAGGCGUCGUCACGGGCCUCUCGCUUCUCUUUUUAAGCGGCGACGUCAUCAUGACGUACAAGGGCCUCGCCGGUGUCCUUCGCCGUCAGCCGGUGUUGACAUACGACCUUUUGCUUGGCCUUGAGCGGCGCAAGCUCGUCUUGGUGCUAUGGUCGCUCAACGCCGCGCCGUCGCUGCUGUACGCCGACGUCGCCCGCGUCUACUAUGGCACGGCCAACGGCGACGAGAUCUGGCUUCUCUCGCUCGUGCUCCUCGGCAAUCUUAUGACGUUUGUGGCGCUGCUGGGGAUCACUGUGUUGCAGUACAUCCCGUCGCCGUUCAAGCACGUACUGCCCUUCUCAACCCCCGUCUUUCUCUUUGGCACGACAGUUGGUGUCGUAUUGAGUUGCAAUAUGCGCUACACGGAUGUCAGCAACGCGUUCCUGGAAGGCCCGUGGAGCCUCGGGCUCAAUAUCAACGGCACGGACCGACCGUCGGGCGCGUAUACGGCCGAAGCCGUCACGUCCGUGGGCGCGCUCUUGCUGCCGUCCAUGCUGCUCCCGACUGCCAUCGCCUUUGGUGUCGCUAUCGUCUAUGGCCUUGUGCAGCGCUAUCAGUCGUGUCGCAAGUGGCUCAUUCCGAUGGCGUGGACGGCCAACAACAGCUUCUUGCGCGGACGGCGCCUGCCACACUAUUUGACAAGCUUGCCGCUCGGGCCUGAGACGACGAUCCGUCUCGGACACAAGUCGUUUCUAAAGCCGAGUGUGCAGGCCGUCAUGGGGUAUGCGUCGGUUGUCGAAGCCAUCGACGGGCAUCAAAGCGGCGCCUUCUCCAAGCGCAGCAGCAACACGAGCGUCGUACCGUCGACCAACGGCACCCGGAAAGCAUCGGAAGCCACGUCGAUCACCGUCAUCAUCAGCACGUACGCGCUCGUGCCCGUGCUCCUCGGCUGGAUUCGGCCACGUCCACUUGGUGCGAUUGUAGCCAACGCGUUCUUGAGCGCCAAAGUCACCGCCACAAGCACAGAGCACAAAACGUUCGUGUACAGUCGUGGCGCAUGCGUCACCUAAGGAAUUUAUACACAAGUGUAUACCCA